CUAUUUUCAAACAGAAGGGGCCUACGCUGGUCAUAGCGCCCUCACCUACUGGAAUGAAGAGAGGUUUGGGUCCUCUCUUCACGGAGUGCGCACUCGCAGAUGUGCUGGUUGGCGUAUACGACAAUCUCAUUCUCCGGGACGUCACUGCUCUUAUGCUGGUGAACAACCACUCUUAUCAAGUGUUCAAGUCGUCCAUCAAACUGCAACUGGAACAUCGAAGGAAACUUUACUCUAUCCCAGCCACUACCCCCUUUCUCAACACCUUUCGUGACGAAACCGCGACGGACAAGUUCAAAGCUUUAGAGGAAAGAGAGCAUCGCUUCAAUAAUUUCAAGCCAGCGGGUAUUGAGACGAUAUGCAAGAAUUCUCGACUAGUUAGCUUGCAAGCUGGACAUAUGUUGUUUGAAUAUCAUAACGACAAACGCAACCCCGGUCGAGAACGAAAGACGAGUGGCUGGGAGGUGUACAGGACAAAGACAAGCGCAACGGACGACGAUUGUCGGUGUAGAGGGGGAGUGAAAGAUCAGGGGCUGUGGAAGUGGCUUAUGGAUCUAGGAAAAGAAUAUUAUGAUAUUGUUAUGUGCGCGGAGGAGAAUGUCGUUAUGAUAUGUCAAAAGGAGAAUUAUCACCCCAAUGGUAAUCCAACAACAUGGUCCGUUUCUAUCCGCAUGUACUUUUAUGUCCUAAUUCCACCCACCGGCACCUCCCCUCCGUCGUUUGGCUAUUUUGACCCUAUUCCACACCCUGACGCUGCAUUACCGUUUAUCGAGAUAAUCGUGCCGAACGUAUCUGAAGAAACCACUGCAACGUUUGACAUGGCUGCCGGAGGACAGAUAUCGCUUUUGUUUGAGGAUGAUGACUCGGACACCGACGAAGUGUAUGUCGGAGUAUGGGAUUGGAAGAAGGGUGUGUGUCUUGGAAGCCUUGUACCGGAUACGGAUCCAACAGUGGAAAUCACGAGCUAUGCGCAUAUGGGUCCAUUCGUAGUCACCUCUUGCACCCGUCACGUUCCUGCAUCUAGCAACCCAACUGCAUUUGUCAACGCUUGUGAAGAAACCGAUGUCGAUAAAUCACCCCCUGCAGCUGACGAUCAUUUUGUCGAACUCUGUUUCUAUGUCCACGCUCUCCUGCCCCCGCAGUACGGUUACCCACCACACACACCUUCUACCUCACAUCAGGAUCCCAAAAAGCCAUUCUACCCCAAUGUGCCAUGCACAUGGACGCUCGACGACAUCCCGUUCUGCUUCCCCAUCAUUAUCUUCGACCUCCCUCCUGCAGGUCUAAUGCCAUGGACUGUUUCUCGCUACUACCAGUCUGACAUGUUCUACAUCAACGAAUGUCACUACGACGAAGAGGUGCAUAAUCGCGAAAUUGCAGGUCUUUUGACAUGGACAAUCGCAGGGAGGGUCAGUGUAGCUGAUAUGCGAACAAUAACAUCUGCGCCAACAGCAAUGGCGCUGCGGAGGGCUAUGUGGUGCUUGCAAGCCGGGUAUAUCCCACGAGGAAAAGUGGUGGUGGAUCCGAAUAUCAUUGCAUCUUUGACCCCAGCAGAGCACGCGAGGUGGUCCAUCGAAGUUCUGACGCUGGCAGUGUACGGCCAUAAGCUUGACAAGAAAGGCCGGUGGACUACCAGCGGUGGUAUAUCAACUGAGCGGCCCAUGGCGCGUAACCCUAUCCUCCAACGGAUCCCCACACCAAGAACAAGUCCUCGUAUAGCGCAUACCGACUGGAUGAUCACCGACUCCCAUUAUCGCUUUACGUUCGUCCCCACCAUGAGCUCUGUCCACGGCGCGAGGGAGUUUAGGAUGGUGGCGAUCCUCGUAGAUAGGGGUCUAGUGUUGGAUAACGGGAUGAAGAUAGCGACAGCAGUGUUGAGUUUGAAUGAUUAUAACAGGCGGACGGGGGAAGUGCAGUGGGGUGAGGAUGAUGAUGGGAAAGCGGAGGAAGGCGAGGACCGACAGAAGAGAGACGAAGUAGAUGAUAGAAGAGAAGAAGGAGCGUAUGAAGGUUCGGAGAGCGAUACAGUCAUCGACCAUAUAUUCGCCGACAAAUCCAAACUCGCUCCUUUCCGUAUCCAUCAACACUCGUCAUGCUGCCUUAUCGAUGGGUUCAUGAAGGAUUCGAGGGCCAACGAUUUGACGCAAUGGCCGCAUAAGGGAAUCCAUGGUGUGCUGCAUAUGGCAGUGGAUAUGACGAGGCAGUCGCAGAUCUUGUUCGAUGGAGAUACUGUCGUCUUUGGAGGAUUUACGCCGACGGCAUACCAAAUCAUUAGUAUUUAAGGCAUCGAUAGUUGGUCAGACGGAAGUGAGGCCUGUGUGCGGUCGAGGCAGCUAUGAAAUUU